AUGUCCAAGAUCUGCAUCGUUAUGCUUUGCCUCGUCGGCCUGGCCAUGGCUGCUCCUCAGUCAGCACCGCAAGCGCGAGCCCUCCAGUUGGACCCCGUCUGCCUCCUGUCACCCAUUGCGGACCCGACCCAGAAUUGCAACAAUUUCUCCGUCAGAUGGUACUUUGACGCUGUCGAUGGCGACUGCGAGGACUUUGUGUAUUCCGGUUGCGGGGGCUCUGAGAACGUCUUCGAAAGUGAAUUUGCUUGCGAAGUUCGUUGCGAGAACGUUCAUGACCGUAUGAACAGCUUUGAGAGCGCUGAGAGCGCUGAAAGCGAUGAGUUUCUUCGGGGAAAAUAA